AUGCAUAUUAGCGAGUACGACUACCUCUUCAAGCUUCUCCUCAUCGGCGACUUCGGUGUCGGCAAGGGCCAGCCGCUUACCCCCGGCCCCGACGACUGCGAUGUCGAGAUGAAACGCAGCCACGUCGGCAGCAUCAACGGUAACAGCAGGCGCGUCUCCCCUCAGUCCGGCUCGUCGACCUUAUCCUGUCCCUUCCCGCCUCUUGCCUAUCCCCUUCCGGCAUCAACCAACGUCGCACUUAUCCGAGACGCGUCGGCCUGA